AUGAGUGGUGCAGCAGUCGAAAUCGGGAACAACAGGUGUAAUGACAUUGACGGGACGACCGUGCGGGUACGCGUGAUCGCACCGUCGUCCAUGGGCAAACCGUCGAACCUAGAGGUGUUCAGAAGGUUCUUGCGGGACGCGGGCAUGACGGCGCGCGUCGAUGACUCGAUUUACCGGGCCGGAGCUGACCCGUUCUACGCCAACACCGACCAGUUCCGGGCGGCCGACCUGGUGGACGCGCUGACGGACAGCAGCAUGGUGGUGUGGUGCGCGCGCGGCGGCGAAGGCGCGUCUCGUCUGAUACCGUACCUGGAGGCGUUGCCGGCUGACCGGAAGCAGAGGAUUCGGGACGCCCGGAAAACGCUGGUCGGUUACAGCGACGCGACGGCGCUGCACGUGUACCUGCAGACGGUGUACGGGUGGCAGACGGUGCACGGCACAAUGUUGGAAAUGAUCGCCGGUGGCACGGUGGACAGGCGGUCGGUGGACGCACUGGUGGCCCUGGUGACCGGCCGAUCGGACCGGGUCCGGUACGAACUGCGGCUGGUCCACGCCGACGGCCCAAAGGACUUGCGGCUGGCGUUGGCUGUCUCCAAGGUAGCGGGUGGCAACCUGACGCUAGUCGAGAACUCGCUGGGCACGUCGUGCGGCUUCCGGGGUGACGGUAAGAUCGUGUUCUUGGAGGACGUGCGAGUCCAACCGUACUCGGUGGAACGAAGCCUCGAUCACAUGAAGCUGGCCGGCGUGUUCGAUGGCGCCACUGCCGUCGUGUUCGGUUCGUUCAGUGUGGAAGAGCAGCCCGCGGGUAGCUGUACCGGCGUACCGUCGUCGGACGACAACCUGAUCGACCUGGUAUUUCGGCGAUUCGCGGCCACCCUACCGUUUCCCGUGUUCCGCGUCGAUGGCAUCGGUCACAGUUUCGUCAAUAACCCGCUGCCGCUGAACACCGAGGCCAGAGUGGUGGGACCGGCGCGGUUUGACGACGCCACCGGAACAUCGAUUUACACUUUGACCGUCGACAACGUCUACAAUACUGGUGCGCGGAGCUGUAUUCGCCAACCUGCACCGCUUGACCAAGCAGCUAAGUCUGCAGGUGUAGGCGUGUAG